AGUCCCAAAAGGCCCCCGAAUUUGGCGCGAAGAUUACAUUACGGAGUAACAAAGAUGGCGGGGAUCGCUGUGGACGAGGAAGACUUGGCCCAGGAAUUCGGCACUUUCGACAUCAAACUCGAAGAUGAAGACGUCAUGGACAAAUUGAAGGAGCUAUGUCUGGUGUACCGCCUGGAUGCGUCAGGCAUGGUGGAUGAGUGGAUAGCCUUCUCUAUCUCCAACAACAGUGCUGCUCUCACCAUGGACAAACUCGAGCAGUUUGAGCGAGAGAGAGCCAACAAGACCAAGACUCCCAAAGUGAAGAGAGAAAAACCAGCAGCUGUCAUGCAUGACAUCAGCAACAUCAACCCUGAGGCAGAGGAUGACCUAUUAGAUGUGUACUCCACACCAGCAUCAAAGGGGAAGAACAAGCGCUUGUUGACCACUCCAGAGAAUGUCUCAGUCGUGAACAAGAAGCUGACAUCAGUGUCAAGAAGUCCUGUGGUUCCCUUCUCUCCUGGAUCCUUCUCACCUGUCAAUGCGACUCCAUCCCAGCAGUACCGCAGUCGCAGUGGGGCGGGAGAAACCAUGGUAACCCACGGGGACCAGGGGGAGAAGUGGAAGGGUCGCGGGGCGGAACAUGUGGCUAUCCAGCAGUACGACAGGGACACUGCCCUGACUGAGAAGUACAAGCACAUGUUCUACAGGGUGUUCGAGAAGUCUAACGUGUUAAAUGAUGUGAUUGAGGACAUGUCUGACCAGCUUCAACAGAGCCACAAGAUUGAGAACCUACAGUCCAUGGGUUGGCCCUGCCAGGAGCCCAUCACAGUGAGUGGGCGUGUGUGUUGUGACAUGAGUACAGGCCGGCUGAACGCUCACUCUGUACUGCUGGAGGGGUCUAAGGACACCUCAGCUGGUAAAACUGUACACCUGGACCUGAGCGAGGUGGCCAAGUAUUCUCUCUUCCCUGGACAGAUUGUAGCUUGUGAUGGUCUAAACACAACUGGAUGCAAACUGGUGGUGUCUAAAUUCUAUGAGGGUGUCCACUUGCCAUUUGCUGAAGUGGAUGAAACCAGUGAAAACUUAUCAGUUCCAGUGCAGGUUCUUGUUGCGGCUGGCCCCUUCACACCGUCUGACAGCCUGGCGUAUGAACCCCUGGAGGACCUGCUCAAGUACCUGAAGAGGGACAAGCCUGAUGUCUGUGUGCUGAUGGGACCAUUUGUUGACUCCAAGCAUGAAAGCAUUGAGAAGUGCACGGUGGAAGUAUCAUAUGGCGACAUGUUCGAGAAGAUAGCUCAAAACAUGAUUAAAGCUACAGAGGAACUGCAGACCCACCUGGUGUUUGUACCCUCACAGAGAGAUGUGCACCAUGACUAUGUGUACCCACAGCCACCCUUCACUGUGGAUGGGGUCAACUCUCCUAGAGUGCACUUUGUGUCAGACCCCUGUACCCUGACCAUUAACGGAGUGGUGGUGGGGCUCACGUCCACAGAUAUCCUGUUCCACCUGGGAGGGGAGGAGACAUCUAGAGGCCAUACUGACAGGAUAGGCAGGCUUAUCAAGCACAUCCUCACUCAGCAAAGUUACUACCCUCUGUACCCCCCCUCGGAGGAUGUGAACAUCGACUACGAACAUUACGACCAGUUCUGCAAGCUACAGGUCACACCUGAUGUCCUCAUCCUGCCCUCUGACCUCAGGUACUUUGUCAAGGACGUGCUGGGGUGUGUCUGUGUGAACCCUGGCAGGAUAACUAAGGCUCAGACUGGAGGAACCUUUGCACGCUUUGUCAUUCAGGCUCCUCCCUCCCCAACCCAUGAUGGCACUGCCAGGAAGCCAAGGUGCACAGCUGCUGAAGUCAUCAGGGUGUAAGGACAAUUGCUAGAAGAGACUCUGUACAUACAUUGUAGUUACAUCAUUCAUUGUGAGAUCAGUCCAUGUGUAGUCCUUUCUCUAUUAUUUUGUAACCCAGCAGUACACAUUUGGUAAAGUGAGUGAACAUUAAAGUUCUUUCAAUGAUUUUAAGAUUUCACAUGUAUACACAUAGGAACAAAUUCUUUAUGUAUGAAAAUGGUUAUUCCCACUGUGUGAGGAUUGACUCCUUUAGAUUACUAGAAAUUAAUAUCAUGGCAUGGUGAGAAUUAAGAGUUAGUGGUGUUUUUUUAGUUCGCAGUUGAAACAACCAUAGUAACAGUGAAAGACAGAACAUAUGUUCUUGGUGUGAUGAAAGGCCACUGCAAAAGUUGCGAACUUAAAAACAGUGAAAAGUCUGAAAAUUACAGUAUACUUAUAUGGUUAAACAUUGUAAUAUGGUAAUAAAAAUGUGGUGAAUUGUGAUUUGGCUGGUCUGGGCCUGUAAAGUAGUAUUUAACCUGCAAUGCUUCUCUGGUUACAUUGCUUCUAAUAUUUGUAACACUGAUCAUUAGCUUCGCUAAGAUCAAUCCCAUCUUAAAUCCAUGCUUUGAAUGCUAAUCUGAAAAGAUGUUAACAUUCUGUCUCCAGAAAAGAAUAUUGGAAAAUAAAAU